AUGUUUUUGUUUCAGGCCACCAUCGCCGCAGCCAUCUCAGAGAAGUCUCCGUUCUCCACGCCGAUGAACAGGAAGGAGGAAGCUAACCUCGCUAAAGCUGCGCUCGCUGUGUCCAACUCUGAUCACCUGACCAUCGACAACGCAUACCUCGGGUGGAAGACCUCUCAGAGUGACGGACAGAGAGCAGAGACAUCGUACUGCAGGAAACACUUCCUCAACAAAACUGCUCUCAUCACCAUAGAGGGGGUGCAGCAGGAGUUGAUGAGGAUGAUGGAGCAGGUGGGUUUCUACUCCCCUCGCUCCAGACUGCAGGCUCCAGCGCUCUCUAAGCCUCAGAUCUCGGUUCUGAACGCGGUGCUGGCGGCCGGUUUGUACGACAGCGUGGCCCGCGUGCUGGUCAUUCCCUCCGUGGACGUGCUGGAGCGGGCGGUGUGCAACACGGAGACCCCUCAGGGAAGAGCUCAGGUCCACCCCUCCUCUGUGAACAGAAACCUGCAGACACACGGCUGGCUGCUCUACCAGGAGAAGGUGAAAUACACCAAGAUCUACCUGAGAGACACGACUCUGAUCCCCCCGUUCCCUCUGCUGCUGUUCGGAGGAGACAUCGACAUCCAGCACCGAGAGAGACUCAUCACUCUGGACGGAUGGAUCCACUUCCAGGUCAGCGCUCUCACAUAA